AUGAUUGAUCGAACGCGCUAUCUCACGCUUUUAAUUCUAGCAGUUUUGAGCCUUUUUACUUACAAUACCUGGCAAACGCGUAAUGAACUUGAGCUCGACUUGAAUUCAUCCCUUAGACGAGUGGAGUCACUAACGAAAAAGCUAGAGAAGUCAAAACAACCGGCUCCUUCAAUAUUUGAUUCUGGCAGUGGGGACAAUAUCUUGUUAGAGACCAUAGAUCUGAACUAUGAAGACAUUGAUUUCAAAGAGGAAUACAAGGAGAGACUUGAAAAUAAAGAAAGAGUUUGUCAAAUUAUGGAAGACGAGGGACUGUACAAUGAUACAUUACUGGAGGAAAUUGACAGUGAAACCCUUGCGGAACAUCAUUUACGACUCGUAGUUGACGAGAAGCAUCAAAUUUUGUACUGUGAGCUGCCCAAAGUCGGCUGUACAAAUUGGAAGCGUACCAUGCUCCAGCUCAUUCACCCAGACACCUACGGGAAAAUGAAAGUCGAAGACAUCAAAUCGCCUCACGGGAAAAAGGGUGAGGAUGGCUACAGAUACCUAUCGACCUAUCCAAAGGAGCAGCAAAUCUUCAUGUUGCAGACAUUUUAUAAAUUUAUGUUUGUCCGGCAUCCCCUGGAGCGACUUCUGUCGGCAUAUCGUGACAAGGUGCAAGACAACUAUCUCCGGCAGAAUUUCGUCGCGAAACAGCUUCAAGAAAUAGGUGACGACGAUUUUCUCCAAGAAGCAAAUGUCGAAGGAUUCCAUCAAUUCGUAAAAUAUCUGAUAGCAAAAGGUGACGAUAGAAAGUAUGGAGCCCGGCAGAGACAUUGGGGCCCCUAUUUUCAAAUUUGCAAAGUGUGUUCGAUCGAUUGGAAUUUUAUUGGAAAGAUGGAGACGUUGAAUGAAGAUGUCGAAUAUGUUCUCAAUGACAUGAAUGUGAGAGAUUUGACCGACUAUCCGAAGAGGAAUAAGACCACAAACCACUCAACUUUGAUGAAAUUUUAUGAAAAUAUUGGAGCUGAAAACAUACAAAAAAUCUACGAGCUGUAUCGAUUAGAUUACGAGUUGUUCGGCUACGAUGUGCCCAGUAUAUUUCUGAAAUAA